GACUCAUAACUUCCGUUCCGUGCAAUUUAUAACGUUAACUCUGCUGACUAACUAUGAUCCAAUGCGACCACACGAAGUCCUCCCACUCGCCAUUUAACUUUCAAUAAGAUUAGAUUCCAACGACGACGUCAUGCAUCCCUCCUUCCGCCGCGCGGAAGAUAUUGACUUUUUCGAGAUUCCACACAUUUGGCUUAAGACCGAUAUCUCCGUUCGCAGGACCUACUUAAGGGGGCCCAACGCCGACAUGAUCCAUUUAUUUGCUCCGAUUUUCAUCGGGCAUAUACUGAGGGUGUUCGUACAUUGUAAGUUUGAUCACUGCUAUCUAUUCAAUGGAUUCCCAAAACGCCCAUGGGAACGGGAAAGCAAAACAUCGCAAGGCAGGAAAAGAUGCGAGAAUGCAGCAAAGAAUAUCAUGACGAGCACUCGAGCCAAGGCAAGCUACUUGAGCAUUUCACGAAGAGAGAUGGUACACGAGUAUGGCCUGACCUUGAAGAUAUACCAGUUGGAGUAAUGGUGAGGAUGUGCUACCCCAGCUCCCAAUGACUAUUUUGCAUUCUUCUUCGGGUGGGGUCUCUCCGCCAAGCAAAGCGAGUGACUAAUUUUCAUUAUUUUCAUCGUUCUGAAUUGCUUUGGCCAAUCAAACGUUUCAGCUCUAUUCUCUCGUUAAGGACUCAAUCCCCUCGGGUGAAGCAUUUGUUUCUCAAAUAACACCAAUGAAAGGGCAAUUGUUGAAAUCUAGCUUGUGUCUGUUAGCUACUCAGCAGCUCGAGCAUCGAAGGGCCAGUUGUACAAGGGCAACCCCCAAAGCUCACAAGUGCGGAGAGUCUCACGUGAUAUGCAUGUUCUCGAAGUCCUCAAGGGCGGUGGAAGAUAUGCUGUUAAAUAAAAACUGCUUACUUUUCGAAUCUUGCUUGUGACCAGAGUUCGGUGGAUCAGAACAACAGUUGGAAUCGUUUUGCGACCGUUUAUGUUGAACAAAAAACUUACUUGUUCACUUCUGCACCAGCCCCCAUCAUACCAAGAAUCGAUUUUCUGUUCAUCUUGCCAUCUAUGUAAUGCUUUGAUACGCAUUGAAAACGAUAUGGGCAGGCAAUUUUAGACAUCAAGGUUACUAUCUUGCAUUGAAUUUUGAAGGCACGCGGCAAACGAAUUAAGAUAUCAAUUACUUCGAAGCAACUUCACCUACCUAGCGGUAGCAAUAUUGCUUUCGGCUUCGACAUUUCUCAGAUAUCGUCUCGAAAUCUUCCAAAAGUCACAUCUUCGGCCCAAUUUUGCAUCAUGGUCAGGACACAUGAACAAGUCGCGCAAUGGCAAAACUCUCUUGCGCCACAUAUUGUCGAACGACUUGCACGCGAGACACCGGAUAAUAAGUAUGGUGAAUGGGUGAGCAAAGAUAGUGUAGUAGUCAUUACCUACGCACAGCUAGCAAACGUCAUUGAUGGUCUGGCUUGGUUGAUAGUGGAACAGCUCGGUGGUCCCGGUAGAUAUGGAGCGAAUCCUGAGGUCUUGGCUUAUGUUGGCACAAGCGACGUCCGCUACUCAGCUCUAGUUCUUGCUGCAGCUAAAGCUGGUUACACGCUUUUCGUCACUUCACCUCGCAACAGUCCAGCCGCGCACUGUGCCUUAUUUGAUCACCUGAAAUGUCAGACAUUGAUCAUUUCAAAUCCCAUUCCACCCCCUGCCAAUGUUAUCCUUGAUGCCGUAAAACCUAUGAGUCACUUCAUGGUGCCAUCAGUUAAAGAACUUCUUAAUCAGCAGUAUCCGCACUACGUAUUGAGUAAGACUUUUGAGGAUUUGAGACAAACCCCUAUCGUCGUCAUGCACACAUCUGGGACCACCGGAUUUCCCAAGCCUUUUAUUUGGACACACGAAACAUGCACUCAAGUUUUGAAUGCCAAUGCCUGUGAGGCACCCAAUGAAAUUCUUUCUGUUCAAAAUAGCUUCAUAAAAGGCAAGCGAGUGAUAGUAACACUUCCACCCUUCCAUGGUGCGCUUCUUGCUCAAUUAUUUGUCGGAGCUAUUCCCUAUGGGAAUAUUGUUAUUGCUCCUGUUGCGACGGCUAUUCCAACGGCUCAAGGAGUAGUGAAUGUCCUCAAGCAAUCUCCGGCUGAAGUAGCGAAUACUUGUGCCAUCCGUAGUAGCAGAGUUGGCUCAGAAUCCUGAAUUGCUGAAUUAUUGUGCGGCCCAUCUCUAAACAAUCAUCUACAUUGGUGGCGAUCUACCCCAGGAAAUUGGUGAUCGUGUUGCAACUAAAAUUCAUUUACGCUGCGUAUGCGGUGCAACUGAAACAGGUAUUGUGCCGCAAUUACUCCUAUUGGAAUUUUCUUCUGCUGCGGCAUCAGGUCGGGCCCUAUGGCGUUACAUUCAAUUUCAUCCAUGCGUUGGCGCUUUCUUUGACAGGGCAGCCGAUGACAUCUAUGAGAUGGUUGUUUGAAGACACAAAACUCCAACUGACAUCCAGCCGUGUUUCACUGUUCCUGGCAUGCAAGAGCUGGAGGAAUAUCGCACCAAAGACUUGUUUGAGCUGCAUCCUCAGAUUCCGAAUCUAUGGCGCUGGUGUGCGCGAUCGGACGAGAUUAUUGUCUUUCUCAAUGGAGAGAAAACUAAUCCUAUUUCAAUGGAAUAACAUAUCAUAGCUAGCAAUCCCGAAGUAAGCGGCGCUAUUGUAAUAGGUGCUCAGCGGUUCCAAGCCGCAUUUUUAAUCGGGCCGGCCUCAGCGACCCUUUUGACGACAGCAGAACAAGCAACUUUGAUUGAGCGCAUUUGGCCAAGUAUCGAGGAAAGCAACCGUAAAGCACCUGCACACGUGCGUUUGGAGAAGUCCUUUGUUCUAGUUCUUCCAGCAGAUCGUCGGCUCAUUCGUGCAGCUAAGGGUACUUUUACGCGAGCUCCCAGUAUCAGUCAGUACACUGAAGAAAUUGAGAAACUUUAUAAUAAUGCAGACUUGCUUUCAAACGAUGACGACUACCCAAACGGCGAUACAGCGCAUUAUUAUACUCCCACGGGUCCCGAUCCAACCACUCGUCUCAUCCGACAGCACGUCCGUUCUGUAACAGCCUCGUCAAACCUUGAUGACGCGGAUAAUUUCUUUGAUCGUGGUAUGGAUUCGCUACAGUCUCUCCAACUCACACGUGCAUUACGAAGAAGUUUUCAACGCCCUGACUUUGCCAUUUCUACUAUCUAUCAGAAUUCAACGGUGUCUCAGUUAAGAACAGCUAUUCUCACCCCAAAUAAAAAUGAGCAAGAUGAGCUCGAAAUUAUGGAAGCUCUACUUACCACCUAUCGUGAGCAAAUUAAAACCAUGCCAGUACCAUAGAAGCCGGUCGAAUAUACCAGCCAGGCAUUGAAGCCCAUCAAUGUCCUUCUCACUGGGUCUACAGGAACUAUAGGAUCGUAUCUACUGCAAGCCUUACUCAACCGUGAUGGGAUCGCAAAUGUUUUCUGCUUGAACUGUGGAGAGGAUGGUGGAAAAGCCAAGCAACGCAAGAUAUUUACCGCCUCCGGAUUUGCUACGACUAAGCUAAGCAAUCGCGUUACUUUUAUCAAAGCAGAUCUCGAAUCGCCAUCACUUGGUAUGGAUGAACAUGCAUACAAGUCACUCAGUGGAGAGAUUGAUCUCAUUAUCCACGCUGCUUGGCCCGUGAACUUCAAUCUGGCACUUUCGGCAUUCCGUUCACAAUUUGCAGGGAUUAUCAAUUUGUUAACUCUAGCCGCCUCUACUAAUUCCACAACACGUUUCGUAUUCGUCUCUUCCAUUGCAGCGGUAGAAGGACAUACAGCAGGUCCUGCCCUCGAAGAAAUAAUAUUCAGUCUUAAAACAUCAGCACCAUUUGGCUACGCACGCGCCAAAUUUCUCUCGGAAUUGCUCGUCGACGCCGCAGGCCAACAUCUAGGCGAAACAAUCUCUACGACCAUCAUUCGCAUCGGUCAAAUAGCCGGUCCUGUCCUAAACCCAGGCUUGUGGAACCCUAGAGAAUGGUUUCCUAGUGUCAUGCUUAGUUCUCUUUAUCUAGGUCAGAUACCUAAUAGUCUAGGUCCACGAUUCGAUAAUGUGGAUUUCAUACCGGUGGAUUUGCUGGGUGAUUUUUUUGUAGAUUUGGUGACGACAAGGAAGAAUAUGAGCAGGGAGAGUGCGACUACGGUGUCUAAUCUUCGGAAUCCGCAACUGGUGACUUGGAGCACAUUGUUACGUGAUCUUGUGGCGAUUAGAUCGCUGGAGAUAUUAGAGCCGGAAGUUUGGCUGGAUAGUUUGAGAAUGAGUAGGGAGGAGAAUGGUGCUGAUGGUGAUGGUGAUGGUGAUGGUGAUGGUGAUGGUGAUAGGAAUGUUGAUGUGGAACAGAAUCCGGCUGUGAAAUUACUUGAUUUUUUAACUGGGUUGUUGAAGUUUCGAGAUUUAGAUGCGGAGGGAGGUGUGGGGGAACCUAUGCUGGUUGAGCGUGCUUUGGACGCUAGCCCGAAGAUGAGGGGAUUGGAGGCUGUGAGGGGGGAGUGGAUGGGGAAGUGGAUGAGCGAAUGGAUGGAGCUUGUGGGAGCGAGUGAGAGAAGAUAGGAGGAGCUAAAGCUGUGAAUUUAUAGUAAAGAAAAGGGCUAACGGUUUCCAGGGGGGGUUGGGUGAUCACGGCGGAGCUUGUUGAAAAUUUUUACAUCGUAUUUCGAAUAACUCACAACGCGGUCUCGCUUUCCGGCCCGCGGAAAUCCUGUUUCGCUAGACAUUAGUAUAUGAGAAAAGAAUUCCGGGUAAUCAUUUAUAUGAGUGCGGCAUUUGCAAGCAAGAUCGCAUCCGAAAUACUUCCGGCUCGGGUGAUUUAGCUAAGCCGAAACCCAGAUACCAUAGUCAUGAUACUCUAAAUAUUCGCAAUGUUGGAAACUCAAACCGGGAGGGGAAUAAGCUGGCAUUUUCAUAGGGACAUGUAAUCUUAGAUCUGUAUCAUCAGAUCAAAGGAGAUAGGAUAUAAUGUGAAAGAUUAUACGAAGAUGGUUGAUUCAUGGGAUUGGAUCUGAUUUUGGGAUUUUUGUUUGCUGUUCAUAUAUCGCUGUGUGCUGGAUGUUUAGUGUAUAUUGUGGGAUUGUUUUUCGGAUGGAGAGGGGAGAGAAAAGUGUUUGGGGGAUAAGUGAAGGGGGUGGGUAAUGGUGGAUAGGUAGGUUAAUUAGAGUUGGUUGAGAUUGAGAUUGUCGAGAUGUCUGAUUUCAGAAUAAUGGAUUCAUGGAUUUGGAUUCUUUCGAUAUAUUUCGUUCGAUUCUUUUAUGAUGUUUUGUGAUAUGAUAUUCACAGGGGCUUAGCUAAGUUUAAGCGAGUGAAGGGGCCAGGUCUGUCUAGCUUCGAUGUGUAUGUUUUUGGAACAAAUGUUGUGGUAUCUGCGAGUGCCGUGCUUUUGUAAUUGUUCGAUUGAUGAUAGUUGGAUGAAGGGGGUUGAUCGCCUGGGUAUUGGUGUUUUUUUUUGGAGCUGUCAUUGUUCCGGUAUUCACGUGGAGUUGAACGAAUGGAUAUGGGAGUUGUUUGGAGAAAGACAUGUGAAUCGAUCAUCUGGUUUAUCUCCUUGGUUUUGUUAUGGAAGCUGUAUUUUGGUAGAUUUCCACAAAUAGUUUGGAAGAUUAGUGGGUUUUCUAAUCGUGAGUUUUUGUCUAGUGAGCGUUGCUUGAAUUGGAUCAGAAGAGGAAAUCUUGGUGAGAGAAAUUUUGAUAAUUUAGUUUUAUAUGCGAAGAGAGUGUGUCAAAUUACUGUGUCGAAGGGAGGUCAAUCACUCUUUGGAUUGGAACUCCUUUAAAGAAUAUUUCUACCAGAACUGGGCGCAUUUGAAUGUAGUGAGCUCAUGUAUCGCGUCUAUAGAGAA